AUGAGUUGUGAAAGUCCCUCUGUUUUCACAGAUUUUCACAUCAACCAGUCAGAGAAGAUCUCAUCAAGUCUGCAGGAAUGGCCUCCCCACGUCUAUUGGAGAAGAUCCAAGUAUUGGCUACAACAUCUGCCACCAGUCAUCAGAGAAGAUCUGAUAAAGUCCCGCCAUUCAGUGGAUUUCACAUCAGCCAGCCCAUGUCUGAGCAGAUGUGAACAAGCACACCCCCACCCCACCCACCACCACCACAACUACUGGAUUUCACAUCAACCAGUCCAGUUGAGAGAAGAUCUCAUCAAGUCUGAUAACAUUCCCAACCUGCCAACUACUGGAAUUAACAGUUCAGAAGACAGCCAUUAUGAGCUGGCCGUAACCAGUAGCAGAGAACAUCUGUCCAGUCCUGGAGUCAACCAAGAACCAACUCAAGCUGGCAGAAACUCAUGUGACGCUUGCUGCAAACUGGAACUGAAAUUGUGUUAAUUGUAAACCUGCUCCACAGUCUUAUUACCAUUUUAUAUUAAGCAACAAUGAACUUAAAUGUUAAAGUGUAAACCAUGCCUGAUUUUCAGGCAUAACUUGCAGUUCUUAUUCUGUUCUGGUAUGUAUAUAUUUUAAAGGCACAGACAUCUGAACAAUUUGUAUGCCUAGUGCACAUAAAUGGAAUAAAGUCCAGCAGUUCA